AUGUCUAGCACUACUCUUUUCUUCAUGGCUUUUUUCUACCUUGUCCUCCUUCUAUCUCCAUCAGCAAUGUUGAAUGGUACGAAUUCCAUGGCUAGAGUUGUGGCAGCUACGCGGCCAUUGGAAUCGAAAUCUACAAACUACAAGACCUUGAAGCCGAAAACAAAUCAUGGGCAGCAAGAGUUCCAUGGUACAGAUGUGGAGAAUUGCUUGCCAAAAGGAUUCCACCCUACUUCUGCUCCCAGCCGAUAUAUAAAUUAUCACACUCUUGGUUCAAGCUUGUGUGCCACAAGCAAACAAGUUGAUGCACCAUGA